AUGGUGAGCCAGACUCUAAUGAACGCCACUCAAAUGCUGCUCCGCGAGGACGAGACCAGCGUUGUAUUAGACUUGAUCAUUGAAGAGCCCACGUUGGUCCUCCCAUUGAGCUCGGAAGGUGCUCCUCAUGUUAAAGUCACUGCAGAUAUGCUGCGGCUUGCCCACUUUCCAUCCAGUGUAAACGUAUUUCCGAUUCACAAGGUCGACUCGCCGCACUGCACGCGACUCCAGUCCGGAUGCGCCAGGACACAGCGUCAGAUCUUCACGAGCUCCAGCAGCACGUCCGGGCUCCAGUUGCGGCCGCUAUCGGGCAGCAAGUCCUCUCCAUUGACCUUCACGUCCUGCAGGUCCGUGAUGGGCGGCGGCAGGACUUCUGUUCCGAAAAGGGCUGCUGCAGCUGCAACGAUGCAUGCUGGAACGCGACGACAAGGUCAUGUGUACGGUGGUCGGCCUUUUUGUAGCAACACGUGGGAGAUGAAACGGACGUAUUUUAGCCAAUGGGAGAGUACAUAUGGGGAAGAUACGGGAAGAUUCGUUGAGGACGAGAAAGAUACCUAA